AAAGCCGACCUGGCCGUGGGCUUCACCAUCACGGCGGAGCGGGAGAAGGUCAUCGACUUCUCGAAGCCCUUCAUGACGCUGGGGAUCAGCAUCCUCUACAGGGUGCACAUGGGCCGCAAGCCGGGGUAUUUCUCCUUCCUAGACCCCUUCUCGCCAGCGGUGUGGUUCUUCAUGCUCCUCGCCUACCUGGCCGUGAGCUGCGUCCUCUUCUUGGCUGCCAGGCUGAGCCCCUACGAGUGGUACAACCCCCACCCGUGCCUACGGGAGCGCCGGAACCUUCUAGAGAACCAAUACACGUUGGGCAACAGCCUCUGGUUCCCCGUCGGCGGCUUCAUGCAGCAGGGCUCCGAGAUCAUGCCGCGCGCGUUGUCCACCCGCUGCGUCAGCGGCGUCUGGUGGGCCUUCACCCUCAUCAUCAUCUCGUCGUACACGGCCAACCUGGCGGCCUUCCUGACGGUGCAGCGCAUGGAGGUGCCCAUCGAGUCGGCCGAUGACUUGGCCGAUCAGACCAACAUCGAGUAUGGCACGAUCCAUGCCGGGUCCACCAUGACCUUCUUCCAGAACUCGCGGUACCAGACCUACCAGCGCAUGUGGAACUACAUGCAGUCCAAGCAGCCCAGCGUCUUCGUCAAGAGCACGGAGGAAGGGAUCGCCCGCGUCCUCAACUCCAAGUACGCCUUCCUCUUGGAGUCCACCAUGAACGAGUACCACCGGCGCCACAACUGCAACCUGACCCAGAUCGGGGGGCUGCUGGACACCAAGGGCUAUGGCAUCGGCAUGCCAUUGGGGUCCCCGUUCCGCGAUGAGAUCACCUUGGCCAUCCUGCAGCUGCAGGAGAACAACCGCUUGGAGAUCCUCAAGAGGAAGUGGUGGGAAGGGGGGCAUUGCCCCAAAGAGGAGGACCAUAGAGCGAAAGGGCUGGGCAUGGAGAACAUUGGGGGCAUCUUCGUGGUGCUGGUUUGUGGCCUCAUCGUCGCCGUCUUCGUGGCUGUGGUGGAGUUCGUGUGGUCAACGCGGCGCUCAGCCGAGAGCGAGGAGCCGCGGGGGCCGCUUCGUUCCCUGCGUUCCGAACGGAGCCGAACGGAGCCGAACGGACCCGAACACCCCCCUCCCCCCUUCCCCACCCCCAACCCCGCCCCCCCACAAGCAGAGCCUCGUCCGGCUGCAGCCAUGGGGCCCGGCGGCUCCGACAGCUACCGCGUGGCCACCACGCAGGACAAGGGCGAGAAGGAGUCGCCCAAGAAGGGCAAGAGCAAGACCCGGGACCUGGAUGACCUCAAGAAGGAGGUGGCCAUGACCGAGCACAAGAUGUCCAUCGAGGAGGUGUGCCGGAAGUACAACACGGACUGCGUGCAGGUGGGGGGGCUUUGGGUACCCCCAUUGCCCUAUGGGGCUGCCCCAUUGCCCCUAUGA